GUCCUCGUCUUGGCUCUCGCCUCUUCGGUCAUGGGCGGCGACCUGCACCACGGCGGAGGACAUCUUGGGGGGGGUUUAUUGCACGGAGGAGGAGGACAUGGUGGACACUAUGCUCCUGUUUACCACGCCCCAGCCCACUACGCCUUCAACUACGGGGUUCAAGACGCCUACUUCGGCACCAACUUCGGCCACGCGGAGUCUCGUGACGGCUACAACACGGAGGGCGUGUACUACGUCAACCUCCCCGACGGGCGCCUCCAGACGGUCAAGUACUACGUGGAUGAGUGGGGUUACCAUCCCGAAGUCACCUACUCUGGGGUCGCGCACCACGCUGGCGGUUACCACUAGUCUAUGCCACUUCGUGAUAUUUAAUAUAGAGUAAUAUAUGUUUUUUUCUUUUGUUUAUGCUUGUAGGGGCACUAGUAUGUGUCUACUUGUACUGUGUUGUUUGUAGUAAAUAACCAUAUAUGUAAA